AUGGAGAAGUUUGGCAUGAACUUUGGAGGUGGCCCGAGUAAAAAAGAUCUUCUAGAGACUAUUGAGUCGCAGAAGAAGCAGCUUCUUCAGUACCAGGUUCGGCUGAAGGAUGUCGUCAGAGCCUACAAGAGCCUGCUCAAGGAGAAGGAAGCCUUGGAAGCCAGCUUGAAAGUAUUGUCCGCGUCUCACGAGGCAGAUAUUGGCUUGGGCGGCGCUCAGCCUGCGCCCGUGGCUAGCUCCAGCUCUUCCUUUGCCGAUUCUGCUGAUGAUAGGAGCUCGGUUCACAGCGAAGAUAGCGUGGGGACAGCUACCAGUGCAGACACAGCUGCCAGUCUGGCCAGUACCAAGGGUGAACCAGGGCCUGAGGACGAUAAGCUCACGGCCACCACUUCCUCUCCUAAAUCAGAAGAGACAAGCGAGAGUGGCAUCAGCACGAGCAGCGGGGAUGUGUCAUCUGCUGCUGGCGAGGCUGAUAAAAGGGUGCUCCAGCUGAAGACCCAGCUGGCCACCUUGACCAGCGCUCUGUCGACAGUGACGCAGGAAAAGUCCCGGAUGGAAGCCUCCUACCAAGCAGACAAGAGGAAGAUGAAGCAGGACCUGGAUGACGCCAUUAAGAAAGCAGAGGACGAGACCGAGAAGUUGGAGACGGAGCUGAAGUCUGUCCAGGAACAGCUCGCCGAGACCAAAGCCCGCCUGAUCACGCAGCAGCACGACCGAGCCCAGGAACAGAGCGACCACGCUGUUAUGCUGCGAGAGCUACAGAAGCUGCUGCAGAACGAGAGGACUUUGCGCCAGGAUGCAGAGCUGAAGCUGGAGGAGACGAGGGAGGCGUUGGCCGGGAGGGCGUGCAUGGCUGAGCGCGCGGAGGGGUACGAGCUGCAGAUCAAGCAGCUGAGCCAGGAGGUGGAAGACCUGAAGAGAGAGCUGCGAGCUGUUCAGGAGGAGAACAACAAGCCAGACCCCCGCCUGCAGGAUCUGCAGGAGGAGAUGGCCAGCCUUAAGAACCACUUCCAAGUGCAGCUGCUGCAGGAGAUGAGGAAGACUGCGCAGGCAGAGGAGCAGCUCCGCCAGCACGCCCAGAUGGAGGAGCGGCGAGUGGCCGACUUGGAGCACCAAGUCUCCGAAGCGUCAGAACUACUUGGCACCUACGAAAAAGCCAAGCAGAAAGACCAAGUGGUCAUUCAGAAGCUAAAGGACCGCAUCGUACAGUUGGACCUGGAGAACAAAACCCUGGCCAUCGCUGCCUCCAGCCGGUCCCCCGUUGAUAUUCACGUAGAAGAAGCCAAUCUUGAUGUUAAUGUUCUAAAGGAUAAAAUGGAGAAGCUGAAGAAGCUCUUGCAGGCAGCAGCUAAGAAGAGUCAGCCCGCUCUGGACAUCGAGAAGCUAUGUGAGCUGGAGCUGCCAAAGGGCACCGAGGCUGGGGAUGGCGAGAAGGCCACUGCUUUGUACUAUCAGCAGGAGCUGAAGCAGCUGAAGGAAGAGUUUGAAAGGUACAAGAUGAGGGCGCAAGUGGUUCUCAAGAACAAGUCGGCCAAAGACGGCAAUCUGGCUAAGGAACUGGAGGAAGCUCAAGAGCAGCUGGCUGACCUGAAAGAGAAAUACAUUGUGCUUCAGCUGUCCUCGGAUGAAAUGGAGAAGCAGCACCAGCAAGACAUGGAAGCCAAGAAGCAAGAGUUGUCCCAGCUGCAGCAAAUUCAUAGGCAGGAAUUAGAGCGAUGCCAGCUGGACUACAGGGAACGGGCGCUGAAGCUGGAGGAGGAGAUGCACAAACAGCGGGACCGAGCGCUGGCGGUGCUGGCAGAAAAGGACCAAGAGCUGGAGCAGCUGAGAUCUGUCACGUUGCCUUACGGGCUUCAAGGAUCCAAAAACUACCUAGCGCCAGGGAGCGACGCUGCUAGCAAUGGCUCACCAGGUAACGAUUCCUCAGAGAUUCUCCCCCAGGCUCUUCAUCUCUCCGCCACCAGCGAGCCCACCUUCUUCUUGUACGCAGAGCAGCUGGCUCGCAAAGAAGUGGAAAUUGUAGCGCUGAGGAAGCAGAAGCACAAGCUGGAAAUGCAAGUUCACCAGCUCCAGGAGAAAAUCUUGGUUGAGCAGGAGAAGCACCGGGAAGAGGUAUCCGCACUGCAAAGCGAAAUCGAGAAGAAUUUCAGAGAUAAGAGCAGAGAGGGAGCCAACCUGGAAUACCUCAAGAACAUUGUCUAUAGAUUUUUGACACUGCCAGACUCCCUUGGCCGCCAGCAGACUCUAACGGCCAUAUUGACUAUUCUGCAUUUCAGCCCAGAAGAAAAGCAAACUAUUACGAAACAGUCGGCUUACAGCAGCUGGUGGCUUUCUGGGAAGAGAUGA